AUGUCCCGCUUCCAGCCCCCUAACUCCCUCAUCUUCCUCGUCACCCUCUUCCGCCCCCGCCUGCUCCGUCCCGACAUCCGGGUCCCUCACAUUGGCCAUGUCGACUACCCAGCAUUCAGACGAGCAGGCUUCAACGCUGUCGUUAUAGAUAAAGAUAAUUGCUUGACAAUACCGGAGCGGGAUGAGUUGUAUCCGCCAUUACAAAACGCCUGGACGGAGCUAUUAGCUGCCUUCGACCCGGGCAAGGUGCUCAUUGUCUCCAAUUCAGCUGGGACCAAGAAAGAUCCAGGUGGACUAGCCGUAUGUCUCUCUUCGGAUCUCUCCUCUCCCACAUCCUCAAGCUACCCUAUCCCACACUAUCUACCUGGAGCUAUUACUCACCCCCAGGCCGAAUCCGUCACCCGACACCUCCGCGCCCCCGUCCUCAUGCAUCCCACCCCCAAACCCGCCUGUUCCGCCCUCAUCCUCCAAUACUUUCGAGGCGAGCUCCGCCCGGAACCCACCACACUCGUCAAGGAGAUCACAGAGCGGAAUGCGCGGAUCAAGCAGGAAGAGUGGGACGACAAGGAUGCGUUCGUGAGGAUGUUUACGCCGUUGGCGGAGGGGAAGCUUUUAGGGGCGAAUACGAGGAAAGAGGGGGGUGGGGUGGGCGGGUUGGAGUUGGACGAUCCGUUCAGAAUACCAGGGGAUGAAGGGGGUCCGAGCAAGACAGAGGGGAGGAAGGAGGGACAGGUGGAUGCGGCGAGGGACUCGGCGAAGAUUGAGGCGGGGGUGGUGGAGACGCCUGCGUCGGCGACGAAGGCAAACUCAGACUCAUCCUCUCCUGCGACACAACCUACGCCGUCGUCGAAUUCAAUCCCUAUGGUCGAUCCGCUGCGUAUCCUCGUCAUCGGUGAUCGGUUGUUCACCGACACGCUCCUCGCCAACCGCCUCCGCGCGACUCUUGGCCCCGAAAACGUCGUCUCGAUACAUACCACCCUCCUACCCCAGCCCUCAGACGUCAGGUUCCUGCGCUGGCUCGAAUCGCGCCUAUCUCGGAAUCAGCUGCGCGAAGGCAGAGAAGACUGGGGACGGUACGUCAUCCGGAAUAACGCCGACGAGGCCGAAGCAAAGGCAGAAGCGGGACUGGGGUGGAGGCGGUAUAUCCCGUUCAGGCGGGAAUGGGUCGGUGCGCCUGAACUGGGGUGGCGGAUGGGCACGUGGAGCUUCUGGGGGGUCGUCAGGGGGCUUAGUCGGGGUGUGAGGAGGAUAGGGAGGGGAUUGGGUAGGGGAGUAAGAUGGAUGUGGGUCAGAGGGGCAGGGUGGGUCAGUCUGAAGAGGGAGGCGAGGAGGGCAGAGGUGGCUGCGGCGGCGGCGAAGCUGAUAGAGGUUGGAGGGGAGCCGGCUGUUGCGACGGCGGGUGGCGCGGGAAGUAAAAUAGCCAAUGUGGCUACUGGGAUGGUCGGGAAGGCAUAG